AACUGCAUAUAGUGAUACUCCAAUACUUCGUAUGUAAAUAUGCAUACAUUCUUCGCUGUGUUCUUUAUAUAUCGAGGUCACAUACCUCCUUGGCUGCUAGGUGGUAUUUCCUUUGGGGCAUCCAUCUGUUUGCUUUACACAUCACCUAGGUAGAUAGGAACGUACUUCAAUUCUCUUUCAAGAUGACGGUCAUGGCCACCAAAUUCACCCCGGAGGUGCUCCUCUCCGCCCCCCGCCGUAGUGCCGCCGUGCCCAAUUCCGUCGGCACUCUCGCCCUGUUCACCGUCUCCCAGUAUUCUUUCGACUCUCACUCCAAAAGCUAUGCCAUCAAGGUUCUGGAUAUAAAGACCCGGCAGUCGACCCAGCUGUUCGACGACCCUUCCUAUACCGAGCCGACCUGGAUAUCUGAGAAUGAAUUCAUCUUCCUAAAGAAUGGUGAUUCCACUACAACUCUCAUGUCGGCAGAUGCCUCCCAGCCAGGCUCUGAUGCGUACGAAAUCACCACCUUUAACGGUUCGAUAUCCAAUAUAAAAACGAGUGAUAUCGGAAACGGCACUAUAGCCUUUGCCUGCACAGCUCCUACCACGCCCUCGGGCAAGUUGUAUAACCCGGCGAACGAGAAGAAGCCACUAUCCAGCGCCAAAGUCUACACAAGCCUGUUCGUGCGGCACUGGGACUCGUGGGUACCCGAGCAGAAGAGCGGCCUCUUUUACGGCGCCCUGAAAAGGAUUGACGGGUCCAUUAAGCUGCAGGACAAGCUGCAGGACUCCGGCCUGGUGAACGCCCUAGCCGGAACGAAGCUUGAGUGCCCGGUACCGCCAUUCGGGGACGCUGGGGAUUACGAUAUCGGCCCCGAAGGAAUUGUGUUCGUUUCCAAAGAUCCAGAGCUAAAUCCCGCGUUAUAUACCAAGUCUGAUCUUUACUAUGUGCCCCUGAAGACCUUUACGGAGGAAAAGCCUCCGCCGCCGCAAAUCAUCCCCACUGCCGACCUACAGGGCUACACGGGGUCGCCCGUGUUCUCACACAGCGGGAAAGCCGUAGCUUUCAAACGCAUGCGGAAUCGGCAAUAUGAAUCGGACCGGUCACGACUAUUCAUAAUCCCCGACAUCCAUAACCUGGCAUUGUUGCAGACUUUCUGGGAAUCUGGCGAGGGCGGUUGGGUCCUGCAACCCGACGGCAUUCUGUGGAGCCAUGAUGAUUCAGAGCUGUACGUUACGGGCGAGAAGUUCGGUCGGCAGGGGGUAUACCGGGUUUCCUUGUCGCCCUUAUUAGCCAAAGAACUGCCACAGCAAGUAACGACGGGCGGGACCGUAGGCAGCUUCCAUAACCUAGCGCGUGGUGAUAGGCGCCUCUUCAUCACGUCGAGCUCGCUCGUGGACAACUCUUCGUACUCGAUCCUCGAUCCUAAAACCGAGGACGUAGAACUCACAUCAUCAAGCUCGAAGGAAGGGAAGUCGUUCGGCCUAGCAAAAAGCCAGGUCGGCGAAUUCUGGUUCAAGGGCGCCAACAAGAACAACCGGGAAUGCCACGCCCUUGUCAUGAAGCCGUCCAACUUCGACCCCGAAAAGAAGUACCCACUGGCUUUCCUCAUACACGGCGGCCCUCAGGGCGCGUGGGGGGAUAGCUGGAGCACGAGGUGGAAUCCUGCGAUAUUUGCCGAGCAGGGCUAUGUGGCGGUGAUGCCUAAUCCGACAGGUAGCACCGGGUAUGGCCAGCAAUUUACGGAUGAUAUCGCGAAGGAUUGGGGUGGGCUUCCGUACAACGACCUGGUCAGCUGCUUCGAGUACAUCGCCAAUAACAUCGCCUACAUCGACACAAACAACGCCGUGGCGCUAGGUGCCUCGUACGGAGGCUACAUGAUCAACUGGAUCCAAGGCCAGCCCCUCGGCCGCAAAUUCAAGGCACUCGUCUGCCACGACGGCAUCUUCAGCACCAUGAGCAACUGGUCCACCGAGGAGCUCUUCUUCCCCGUGCACGACAUGGGCGGCACCCUGUGGGAGCACCGCGACGACUACUCCCGCUGGGACCCCGCCCGCUUCGUCGCCCAGUGGGCCACCCCCCAGCUCGUCAUCCACAGCGAGCUCGACUACCGGCUGCCCAUCUCAGAGGGCCUGGCUGCGUUUAAUGCUCUCCAGACACGCGGCGUACCGAGCCGCUUCUUAGCGUUCCCUGAUGAGAAUCACUGGGUACUAAAGCACGAGAACUCGCUGGUUUGGCAUAAAGAGGUGUUGGGCUGGAUCAACAAGUACACCGGUCUGGACACCACGGGGCUAGCGGGGGGUGCGGAACAGCUUAGUCUUGAUUGAACUUCCAUCUAUUGAGGCAGGCAGACAGGUAGGUAGGUAGGUAUAUUAGGCAUAUUAGGUAUAUAUAUACUUUGGCUUUUGGAAAGCAGGCAGAGAGAAAUGAGAUGAGAGCAAAUAUAGCUAGCUAGGCUAGGCUAGCUACAGGGAGAACGUAGGUAUCUUGCAAGUAUGAUCGGUCAGAUGUUAAUAAGAACCUAUUUUGAAAUCAAA